CAGCUCAAUGUGAGUGAGGAGUCGAUAUCGCGGUUGCUGGAAGUGUCCCAUCUUCCAUUACAGGAUGGACUUCGUUUCAGCGCCCAGCGGGGAGAGCUCCUCGCUGAAGAAUCCGGUGCUCGAAGUGGAGGCCGUUGAUAUGACCUCCGCGGGUGUAAAGGGCGGCACCGCAACGGAGAACAUAACCGCUGCGACGGAAGAAGCGGCGCAGUCAGAGGACGAGACUGACAGUGAUGGCUCAGGCGAUGACUGGGAGUCUCAGUCCCUGUACGAAGAUGCCAUUCAAGUCGUUCGCGACGAGCAGCUUCGUGAUGGGGUGCCUGAUGCCUGCACUUUGGAAGAAGCCAUCGCUUAUCGGAGACGUCUUCACGAUAUUGGCAAGGCCGCAUUUGUCGAAGAAACGAUUGGACGGGAUACAGUGACCGCGAAGAAGUUGUGUACUGCGUUCGGGAUCCUCCCUCCUGCCUUCCUAGACGAUGCGCCGGAUGAGGCCUUCCACCCUUUACUGGCUAUUGCCAUCUCGCGCGAAUUCCAGAAACGUCCAAAACUCCCACAGUACAAUACGAUCGAUGAUGCGGUCAAGCUGCUCCAGGAGUCCAAGAAUAUCGUCGUUUUGACGGGCGCUGGCAUAUCUACGAGCCUGGGAAUUCCCGACUUCCGGUCCAAGGACACUGGUCUCUACUCGCAACUGGCGCAUUUGGGUCUCAGUGAUCCCCAAGAGGUCUUUGACAUCCAUGUGUUCCGCGAAGAUCCAAGUAUUUUCUUCUCGAUCGCAAAGGACAUAUUACCCACGGAGAAGAAGUUCUCGCCAACACACGCCUUCAUUCGUCUGCUUCAGGACAAGGGCAAGCUACUGACCAACUACACCCAAAACAUCGACAACAUCGAGGCUAAUGCCGGUGUCCUUCCGGAAAACAUCGUACAAUGCCACGGCUCCUUCGCCACAGCCACGUGUGUUAAGUGUGAUUACAAAGUUUCGGGCGACGACAUAUUCGAUGAGAUCAAAAAGGGGGCCAUUCCUGUAUGCGCCUCUUGCCGCAAAAGCAUCGCGGAAGAUUCGGGUGUCAAACGAAAGCGCAGCAGUAAUGGGGCCCACAAGAAUCGCAAAGACAACGAUGGGGACAGCUCCGAUGAAGACUACGAAAUACCCACCCCUGGAGUUAUGAAGCCCGACAUCACCUUCUUUGGAGAGGAUCUCCCUGAUGAGUUCGGUCACCGUCUGCUGCACCACGACCGCGAUCGAGUAGAUCUGGUCAUUGUCAUUGGGACAUCACUGAAAGUCGCACCUGUGGCGGAGGUGCCCGGCGUGCUGCCUCGCACUGUUCCUCAGAUUUACAUAUCCCGUACUCCUGUAUCUCACACGGAGUUUGAUAUCGACCUGCUUGGCGACUGUGAUGUGGUGGUGUCUGAGCUCUGCCGGCGGGCGGGGUGGGAGUUGAAACACGAGAUGAUCCCAGCGGACGAGAAGGUGGAGGUGCUUCCAGUGGAAGAUUAUGAAUCACGACAUGUGUUUAAGGUUGUCGGCGCAUAGCGGCGGCGUUCGGUCCUGCUUGAUUCAGAGACGGCGUAACUUCGGGUUUGUUUUGGCUGGUUUGUCUGCAUUAUUUGUAUUGGAGGUCCAGGAUGUAAGACUGUUGCUUUUAUCAAAUAGACGGAUGCCUCGCUACCUAAGUACUACCUCAGGAAGUACGUGGUGAAGCCUGUGCUGUUGCUGUUUCG